AUGAUAUCUAUAUCAAAUGAUCUUUUGAGUUCAGUAUUAGAUGGUUUGGCUUAUUACAACCUGUAUGUAGUAAAAAAUUUAAGUCAGUUCGAUAUUAAACCUUUAUUAAAUAAUGAAAAAAAUAUUGAUAAUGAUAUGGUCAAGAUUUUUGAAAAUUAUUUUGAUCAAUUCGAGUCAGAUAUUAAUAUGUCAGAAAAUGAAAUUCAAUUUGCAAUGGAUAAUUUAAUGCAUAAAUUAUUUGAUAAAUUUAAGAAUUUAACAUCAUUAAAAUAUUUAAACACAACUCAACAUAAAUAUCUAAAACAGAGACUACGUCCUAAUUGUACUUUUAUAUAUAAAAAUAUUAAUAUUAAUAUUGGUGGUGAAUAUGCAUCUUUACAAGAUUUUGUUAUUUGUCUUGGUAAACUAAAAUCAUCAAGUGAGUGUAUUGAUUCAUCCGAUCAUAUUGGACAAUUAUGCCAUUAUUUGGCUGAUGUAUUAGAUGUGCAAAAUCGUCAAAAAAUCUAUGGCUUUAUAACAAAUCUUCGAUCUAUAAGAUUUUAUUGUGUUAUAAAACAAACAAAACAGCCUUUCUAUAGCUAUUACCAAAGUGAUAUAUUAGAAAUGUUUUAUAUUUCAUCUGAAUUAACAUCGACUGCUAAGAAACAAAAAUCAAAAAAAAACAAUCAAAACUAUGUCUUAAUAAAGAUACAAUAG